AUGGAUUUCGAUGACCUGGACGAGGAGAUCAGCAAGAGAGUGCAAGAGGGCGAGGCAGUUGCCGGUAACUUUGUCGAGAAUCGGCAGCCCGUUAGGGGGACAGUCCUGCCAAAGAUGCGAAGGACACACCAGCUCCCAGAUUUCUCGCGCUUGCCUGAUCGCGUGAAGAAGACACUGGCCCCUUACAAUGGAGAGCCGGUCACCGAAAGGUCGCCUGUGUUGCGCCUCCUUUGCAUCCACGGCGCUGCCGACGCUUACAGCGUGGACUGGUGCAAUUUGGAGGAGGAGGCACCACCAGAGGUGGAAGUAGCGACGCACGAGUUUCCGGGACACGGACAUCGUGAUGCCGAGCCGUUUUGUGUGACUCUGGACGAACUCUGCGACGACUGCUUUGAUGCAUUCCGCGACGCCAUGGACACAGGCGCUUUUGCCUUGCUGGGACAUUCAAUAGGUGCCUUGAUUGCCAUCAAAAUUGCGAAGCGAGCUCGAGCUGAGCUAGGUGUCGAGCCGGUUGCUGUCAUCAUGCUGGAGAGGGGCGCUGCGCAACAUCCGCUGUUCACAGAAGUUGGGGCGGAGAGACUUCGAAGCGAUCCGGCGUCCUUCUUUGAGUACUGGAACCCGAUGGUGUUCAAGCUGUACAAGAGUGCUGGAGACAUUGGAAAACGCACCCUGGACAUGUGGCAAAAGGACCAGCUCAUGGACCAGGAUGCGAUCGAGGUGGGGUAUCACGCCUUCAAGUGUCCGUUGACAGCAAUUGCAGCAGAUGGAUCCUGGGAUUCAUGGGUCACUCUUGAAGGCCUCGACGAGUCGCAGGCGGCGCUCCACCAGAAAAAUGUUGAAGCAGGUGCUUACCGGAUCGAAAAAGAUGGCAAGGCUUUUGCUGGGCACUUCCCGGCCUGGACAUACGAUGGAUGGAAGGACUGGACAGAGCACCCAAAGGGGUGCAACAUCGUAAAGUGCAAAGACUGCGAUCACAUGACUGUCAAGCGCAAUUCCAUGUUCAAAGCCGAGUUAUGGAAAAUCCUGAGAGAUGUAGCGGCAUCUUUCUGA